AUGGCCUCCAGAGCCGCAGCAGGCGCCCGUCCUGGUGCCAGGUUCGCUCAGUUCAAGCUUGUAUUGCUGGGAGAAUCUGCGGUCGGAAAGAGUUCGCUAGUGUUGAGAUUCGUUAAGGACCAAUUUGAUGACUAUCGGGAGUCGACCAUUGGCGCUGCCUUCCUCACACAGACCAUCUCCUUAGACGAAAGCACGACGGUUAAGUUCGAGAUAUGGGAUACCGCUGGCCAGGAGAGAUACAAGUCUCUGGCCCCCAUGUACUACAGAAACGCAAACUGCGCCGUCGUGGUUUACGAUAUCACUCAAGCUUCGUCGCUCGAUAAGGCCAAAUCAUGGGUGAAAGAGCUACAGCGCCAAGCAAACGAGAACAUUGUCAUUGCCCUCGCUGGAAAUAAGCUUGAUCUCGUAACGGAAAGCCCGGACAAGAGAGCCAUUCCGGCCGCCGAUGCCGAAGCCUACGCACGUGAAGCCGGGCUCCUAUUUUUCGAAACGUCCGCCAAGACUUCCUCGAACGUGAAGGAACUGUUUACAGCAAUUGCGAAGAAGCUCCCUCUUGAUCAAGCGGGCCCGCGAAACUUGAGGACAACUCCCCGUCCCGGUGUUGACCUGCGGCCAGAGGCACCCGGUACUCAGGGCGCCGGCGCCUGCAAUUGCUAG